AUGGCGUCCAUAAAUUUUAAUCCAUUUGGCGAAAACUGGUUCAAAAACCCACUAAAGCUACCAUUUCAACCAAUCAACCUCGUGUCCUUACUCUUCAAACCCUAUUCAAAAGCAACGAACUUUGCUUCCAUAUCCAGCUCCUUCUCCAAAAAGGAGAAAAAAACCGAACCAGAGGAGGAGAAAAACCCUGCGAAAUAUAUCGAUAUGCUGGAGCAGUUCUACUGGGAGUGCGAGAAUUUGCCUGAUUACAGGCACACCCCCGAGGUUGAGAAGAUUCUGCAGGAAGACCCAAUUUUGGAGACGAGGGAGAACCCGACCCAGGAGGAGAUUAAGGAGAACCAGGAGUGGUGGGAUGAGUUCCGUGCCAGCCCGGUUGUGCAGUUCUUGGCCCGCACGGAGGAGAUUGUAGAUAAGCUUAAUCAGAUCGAGCUUCGGGAUAAUUCCUCACCUUACCGGCCAGAAGAUAGGAAGUUUUGGCGGGUUUGA